UCCCAGGAUUCUUCGAGGGGAAACACAUGCUGAAAGAAAGGGAAAAAAGCACUCAGGACAAAGACUGAGCAUGGAGGAAUAUUCCAGUUUCUUAAUUUUUUUUUCUUCUUAACUGAAUGCAUGUGUGCAUGCAUCUCUUGUAUACUGAAUGAAACUUUAUUGCUGCAUGCAAACUCAGAGAAUUGUUUCUGCAUUGAACAAAAUGUGUCUAUCUGCAUGUGUGUUUGCUAUAUCACAUACUUUAUUAUGCUUGCCUUUGAACACUGAACUACUGAACUUCCCUUGAAGUUUUUCCCUGUAGCAUGUGGCUCUGAUUUUGAUUAUUUGCUAGACUUGUUUUCGUUCGCUCGGCUCCUUUGAAGUUGUCUCUGUUUUAAGCUGUUGCAUAGAAGGAUGGAUUCCUCUACACUUCACUUUCUUUUAUUUCUGCUUUUCACCUUCUUCUCCUAUGUUAUUGCUGGAAUGGAUUCUUGCUACGAUGAGGAGGGUGUCCCGAGCCGCUGUUUGCCUAACUUUGAAAAUGCGGCCUUCAAUCGUACAGUGAUCGUUUCAAAUGUGUGCGGUAUCCCGCCUGAGGACUAUUGCAUGCAGACGGGGUCAACGCGAUCAUGCCACUUCUGUGAUGCCUUGAACUUGGAACUGAAUCACAACGCCACUUACCUGACAGACUUCCACACGGAUGAAGAGCCCACCUGGUGGCAGAGCCAGUCCAUGUUCUAUAGAGUUCAGUAUCCUAAUUCAGUCAACAUCACGCUGCAUCUUGGCAAGGCCUUUGAGAUCACAUAUGUCCGUUUGAAGUUCUACACCAGCCGACCGGAGAGCUUUGCCAUCUACAAGCGUACCGAGGAGAAUGGGCCAUGGCAACCGUACCAAUAUUACAGCGCUUCCUGUCACAAGAUGUACGGGAGGGACAAUAAGGGCUUCAUACGUCCAGGCGAGAAUGAAAGGGCGGCACACUGCACGGAUGAAUUUAGUGACAUCUCACCUCUAACUGGCGGAAAUGUGGCCUUCUCCACAUUGGAGGGACGACCCAGUGCCUACAACUUUGACCAGAGUCCUGUGUUACAGGACUGGGUGACAGCUACUGAUAUCCUCAUCUCUCUGGACAGACUGAACACUUUCGGAGACGAGUUCUUCAAAGAUCCCAAAGUGCUUCGUUCAUAUUUUUAUGCCAUUUCUGAUUUCUCCGUGGGGGGCAGGUGCAAGUGUAAUGGCCAUGCCAGUGACUGCUUCACCAAUGAGGAGGGACAUUUGGUGUGUGCUUGUGAGCACAACACUGCAGGGGUCGACUGUCAGCACUGUGCCCCUUUCUACCAGGACCGGCCAUGGGCACGGGCCACCGCCGAUUCAGCCAACCAGUGUGUGAGGUGUAACUGCAGUGGUCUUGCUGAUGAAUGUGUGUUUGAUGCAGAGCAGUACCGCAGCACAGGAAGUGGGGGGCGCUGUGUUGGCUGCAGGGAAAACACAGCUGGCCCUCACUGUGAGAGAUGCAGAGAGAACUUCUUUAGAUCCUUACCGCAGCGGACCUGCCAAAACUGUAACUGUAAUGCAAUGGGGUCCGUGAGUUUGCAGUGUGAUGCAGAGGGAGUGUGUAUGUGCUGGCCAGGUGUGUCUGGUGUGAAGUGUGACAUUUGCAAGUCCGGUUUCCAUUCUCUCGGCCCUGCCGGAUGCAGGUUGUGUGAGUGUGACAACAGGGGCAGUGUAGGAGUGUGUUCAGCCGAAGACGGACGCUGCCAUUGCAAGACUAAUGUGGAGGGUCAGUCCUGCAACAGGUGUAAACCAGGCUCUUUCAACCUCCAAUUGGAAAAUCCAGAUGGCUGUAAAAAAUGCUUUUGCUUUGGACACUCCCUCGCCUGUUCGUCCUCCAAUCAGUACAUGGCAAUUAAUAUUACUUCAGACUUCCUAGAAGAUCCAGAUGGCUGGAAGGGUGUGUUCACCAGAGGGCACGAACAGUCCCUCAUCUGGAAGGAGGGAGAAGUCUAUCUGUUGCCCUACAGAGAGGAGAAUGGCUUCUACAAAGCACCUGAUAAAUAUCUGGGGAACAGGUUGCUAAGUUACGGACGCACACUUGGCGUGUCAUUUACGGCUGAGCUGGAGGAACUCUUGCCCAGAAGUGUGACCGUGAUGCUGGAGGGCUCCGGAAUAUCAGCUACUGCUGAUUUGUACUCUCAACAGGAGAUUUAUUCCUCAUUGGAGAAGAUGCCCAUCAACACUUUCAACCUCAGGUUAACAGAGAAGAGUGUAAAUCCAUCUAUUGCCCCAUUUGAGUUUCUCCGAAUGCUGUACAAUCUAACCGCACUACGUAUCAGCAAUGCAGGAGGCCAGAACUACACCUCCCAGCUCUCCAGGGUAAGCUUUGAAUCUGCAGUCCGGACAAACUACAAUAUGGUUCCACAUGCUUCAUGGGUGGAGGAGUGUACUUGUCCCAUAGGAUUCACUGGGCAGUUCUGUGAACACUGUGCUCCUGGAUUCACCAGGGAAACCCCUAAUGGUGGACCCUUCUCCCCUUGUGUACCUUGCAACUGCAAUCAACAUGGGACCUGCCAUCCUGAAACAGGUGUGUGUGACUGCAGAGAUUUCACCACAGGCCGUUAUUGUGAGCUUUGUGAAGACGGUCACUAUGGCAAUGCACUGACUGGCAGCCCAGGCGAAUGCUUACCUUGUCCUUGUCCAGAUCACACCACCUGUGCCCAGGUGCCAGAGACGGGGGACGUGGUUUGUACCAACUGUCCAACAGGCCAAAGGGGUGUACGGUGUGAAUUAUGUGAAGAUGGUUUCUAUGGCAACCCUCUGGGCUGGGGAGGCAAAGUGCAACCAUGUGUGAGGUGCGAGUGUAAUGGGAACGUGGAUCCCAAUGCAGUGGGUGUGUGCGAUCACAUGACUGGACGCUGCCUGAAAUGCCUGGGACAUACGACUGGGGACCAUUGUGAAAAAUGCAGAUCAGGUUACUACGGCAACGCUUUGGCCAAUGAACUCAAUCCAGAGCGAAAGUGCAAACCUUGUGCCUGUAACGUGGCUGGGACAUCAGGAUCACCGAAUGACUGUCACCCAGAUACAGGAAAAUGUGUUUGCCUGAGUCAUGUGACAGGGAGAGACUGUGGACAGUGCGAAACUGGCUACUUCAACCUGCAGCCAGGCUUGGGCUGCGCAAUGUGUAACUGCAACCCCAUUGGCUCCUCGUCUUCAGCAUGUCAUCCAAUCACAGGACAGUGCAUGUGUCGAACAGGUGUAGAGGGGCUGUCGUGUGACACAUGUCGAAUGGGAUUCUUUGGUUUCUCCUCUAGAGGCUGCAGAGCAUGUAAUUGUGACCCCAUGGGCUCGUCCUUGAUGCAGUGCCAUGACAAUGGGACGUGUUCUUGUCGCCAUGGGUUUGUUGGUUAUAAGUGUGACAAGUGUGAACUGAACUACUACCAGAACCGCCUGACCCACCAAUGUGAGGAGUGCCCUGUGUGCUACAGUCUCAUCAGAGACCAGGCCAGUAAACUGAAGGCCAGACUGCAGGAGUUGGAGACACUGCUCAGCGGCUAUGACUGCAAUAGAUACAGUCGGCAUUAUCGUGGACGCCAGCUGCACAGACACCAACAUAACGGCCUGGACAAUCACAUACAGAAGGACCAAGUUGAAGACUAUCUGCCCAAUGCCCUGGAGGACCUCCUAGCUAUUCAAGAGGCUCGUGAGGCCUUCAUUAAGCAGUUCUCACAGCUGGAAACAUCUGCCCAGACCUUACAGCUGCAGCUGCGUAGCAUUGCAACGGCAUUGAACUGCAACUUAACAGACAGCGGAGGAGAAGUUACAGAGGAAGAAAAGACUCUGAAGGGUGAAAAUGAGUGUCAAGAGCUUGGUGACACAUUAUCCGCUGCUCUGAAUAUGCAAGACCAGCUUCAGAAGAUGACUCUUGACCUUAACAGCAUGGUCAUCCCAUCUGUAAUCCCUAAAGAACCAAACAAAUGGAACGCCAUAGUGAAUGAGUCUGAGGUGCUAGUGAAAAGUCACACAGACAUGGCAGCUCAUAUAGAGCGGAUAGCAGAAGAUGCUGUUAAAAUGGCUAAGAGAACCUAUUCACAGCUGAUAACUUUACUAGAAGACAACUCCACAGAGUCCUAUGUACAGGAUCUCACAGAGAAGCUGGAGGAGAUGCAGCAGUUGAAGGAGAAUCUGACGCUUGAGGUUAAUGAAACUUUAGUGACACACCUGUCACUUCAGAGGCACAACUCCGAGAUAGCUGCCAUUUUAGAGAACAUCACCGCUUCACUAUCUGAACUGCGCAGAACGGAUGGCAAUUUCACCCUCAAAGUGCAGGAGUCCAAUAUAACGUCUUUCUCACAGAUGCUCAAUCAAAUAAAUGUCACAGCAACCCAGGAUCCUGAAAUCACAGAGAUCGAGGACCUGAUGAACAGGACAGCUGAGUUGGAUGUUUCUGUCCAGUCCAAAGAGCAUUUGAUAAAUAAGACCAGAGAGGAAAUACAGCCUCAUGUGGACAGUGCUGACAAACACCUGAAAACUGUUCAAGAGCUCAAGCAGCUGACGGCUGUGGCUGAGGGAUUUAAGGUGUCAGCCGUCUCCUCUGUGGUGACAGGGAAAGAGGUUGAGGCGGAGAUCCUGUCUUUACAGAAGGGUCUGGAAGACAUGGAGCAGGACUGGCCUCAACUGCCCACAUAUAGCAAAGGAUAUCUGAAGAGAGAGAAGUUGCUGAAAGAAAAGACCCUGGUGGAUGUGAAAAAAAGAGUCAGGCAGACAGAGAGAAUGAUCAAGCCUGCAGUGGAGAAUGCUACGGCUGUGAGCAGCACAGCUAAACAUGCCCAGGAAUCUGCAGAUGCAGUGGCUAAAGAUGCCAAAGUGUCCCUCACGCAGGGGAAACGGAUAAAGCAUGCAUCUGGACAGUUGCGUUCAGCUGUGGACACCACCCUGGAGCAGUUGACUGAGCUGGAAAGCCAAGCUGCACAGAAACAGGAAACCAUGGAGGCAGAGGACAUCCAGCUUUCUUCAAGGAGUGUGAUAGACAGCAUGGAGACAGCCAAGAGUCAGCUGGAGUCCUUUACAAACACGCUAACUCUGCUCCUUAAACAGCUGGAUGCUAAUGUGGUGCUGGAGAACUAUGAUCGCAUUCUGAAUGAGACAGCAGCUCGUCUUCGUGUUCUCCAGGGUGCUGUGGAGAGUCCAUCUCUCACCGGAAAGAUUCAGAGGCUCCACAGUGCAGCGCACGAUCAAGAGAAACAGCUGCAAAAUCUUGAACAGAGCCUGCAGGAGAUACGAGAAGAAAGAGACAGUCUGACUGACAUCGCCCAGAACUUGCCUAAAACAUGCCCACAAAAAGGGUACUAAGCCGGGGGAAGGAAGUCUAUCAGUUAUGUAGUCUUUUAGAGAGACAUUGAGGUAGCUCAAAGGAGUUAGUCGCCUCAGAAAAUCUGAAUCAAGGGAAGCCAAAGAACAAAAAAAGUAAACAAACCUCUGAGAUCCCCCUUUCCAUUCCUCUUUCAGCUGCGUCUUGUUAGAAAAGCAAUACUGAACAUAUUAAUGACAUUAAAAUGUAAAUUCUUUAUAAACUUUCA